AUGGGUCAACAUUUGUCAAUUGUGAAUCAGCAAAUUGUUGACUGGACUAACGAAGAUGAAAUGGCGCUUGAUUCGAAUUCGAUUACUUUUGCUAAUGGUAAAGAAAAUAUCAAUUUAUUUCUAUCGAUGAAAACACUUUCUGAUCCAUCAACAAAUCAAACUCAAUAUAAUAGCAAUAAUCAAAUGUUGAGUUCAGAAAGAUCAUUGAUAAAACAAAUUCAAAAUCAUCUAUUAUUAUUAACGAAGACCGAUGAAUUCACAGAGACCAAUACCAAAGUCAACAAAAUACUUAUGGAAAAUAGUUUUGUACUUGUUGCUGACCAUUAUCGAAAGGCACUUCAAGAAAUAAAAACUAUUUUCGACAAGCAACAACAACUACAAAAGUCUUUAAGGAAAAAACUAGGUAAUGAUAAUAACACUAAUGAAUGCAUUUUUGCAGAGUCAUUUGCCGAAUCUUCAGUCACGAACAAAAAUAUUCUGCUGACUGAGACUACAACAUCCAUUCACGGUGCUCAGACAUCUACAGUUGAAGAAGAAAUGCAACAAAAAGCAGAAAUUGAAACUCAAAAGUUUUCUUAUUUUGCUAUACAAUUGUUAACAUCAUUAUUGCUAGUUUCAAUCAAAGCAAAUGAAAGAAUCGAUUCAUCAAUUGCUACACAAAUAAUAAUAUUAGCCAGUCAAUUGUUCGAACAAAUUCCUAUUAGAUUUUUAUCAUCUUUUGAACUAUCGUCAAAUAGCAACAACUUGAUGUUUAAAUCGUUGAAACCAUUGAUAAAUUAUAUAAAUGAAUUAUCUUUGUCAACAGAUCCCAUUUUAGCAGCACAAGCUGUGCAAAUUUUGUUAAAAUUUUCGAUUGCACAAGCAUCAUUCCAUGAUCUUCUACCCAUAAUAAGUAAAUUGAUAUUCAACACAACUGACAUUUACAAUGUACGAUAUUUAUUUGGACAACUGAACAAUAGUCUUACAAAAAUUCUCACACAAUUCGAACAAGAAAAACAAGAGUUAGGCAACAGACCACCAAAUGAUUUUGAUUCCAGAGAAGACAAAGCAAAUUAUAUCAUAUCGGAGAAAACAACAGGUUAG